GACCUGAAAGAAAUGCAGGAUCAUGUGGCUGAUUGAUAUCGGGCGAAAGGGAUUUCUAGGCAGAAGGAAGCACAAGAGCACGAUGUUGACACGUGGGCAUUCCAGGUGUGUUUCAGGGAGAAGAAGGAGAACUGUGUGCCAAGCCGAGCCAGCAAGUGAAGGAACUGGGGGACCAGGGCACAGAAUCGGCAGCAGGGCAGUCAGCCAGGCCUCAUGUCAUGUUUAUCACUCUGGCUGUUAUUCAGGAUGGCAAUCAGAAGCCAUUGAAGGGUUUUGAGGAAAGGAGUGACAUCAUGUGCCUUCUGUUUUAUAAAGGUCAGUUGUAUAUAUGUUUUAUAGGUUUUACAAGAAUUCUGGCUAGUGUAUCAAGUAUACAUUUUAAGAGGUAAGGGUAAAAGGCCAUAGGAAACUAUUGUUUGGAGCUGGGCUGCCCGUUUUGAGAACCCUAGCCACAUGUCACUCUUGAACACAUAAAACGUCACGUGUCUGCAUUGAGAUGGGCUCUAUGUGUGAAAUUCACACCAGAUUUCCAAGACUUAAUAUGAAAAGGAAGUAAAAGACCUCAAUAAUUUUUAAAUUUUAGUAAAUGAUGAAAUAAUAUUUUGAAUACUCCGAGUUAAAAUACUUUUUUUUUUUUUUUUUUUUUUUUGAGACGGAGUCUCACUCUGUCGCUCUGUCGCCCAGGCUGGAGUGCAGUGGCGCGAUCUCGGCUCACUGCAAGCUCUGCCUCCUGGGUUCACGCCAUUCUCCUGUCUCAGCCUCUCCGAGUAGCUGGGACUACAGGCGCCCUCCACCACUCCCGGCUUUUUGUAUUUUUAGUAGAGACGGGGUUUCACCAUAGUCUCGAUCUCCUGACCUCGUGAUCCGCCCGCCUCGGCCUCCCAGAGUGCUGGGAUUACAAGUGUGAGCCACCGCGCCCGGCCUAAAAUACAUUAUUAAAAGUAACUUGGCCUGUUCCUUUUUUUCUUUUUAGUGUGGCUACCUGAAAUUUGUAUGUUACACACCUGGCUUGCAUUAUAUUUCCAGAGAGAAGUGACCAGGCUCUGGAUAUAUUUAGAAUGAACAGCCAAAAGAAUGAAUUAAAAUGAAGUUUGAAAGCAUAGAGUCAAGGAUGAAUACAAGCUUUUUUGUCUGAGCAACUUGGAGGCUGAAGUUGACAUUUUAAGAUCAAGGUAAGAAGAUUAAAGGACCAGAUAUAGGGAGAAAAAUCAGAGGUUAAGUUUUGAACAUGUGAAGUCAAAAACUUUUAUGAAUGAAAAAUCUGAAAAGACAGGGCUGUAUUUUAUGCUCACCUCAUUAUCACACUUGGCCUCCACUUUUACAUCAGAGAAACUUCGCAUCCCCUCACAGUCUCCCCAGCUAUUUUUGUCUGCUCUUGCUUUGUUGUAGAGGUGGCCUGUUACUCUCUCAACUGCAAAUGCCAUCCCUCUUCUCUGAGCCCUCACGGCCGAGGGUGUCACAGUCUGUGGAACAGUGAGACUACAGUGUAGCAUUAUGUGUGUCAGAGCCUCACAAUGGUUUCUAUAAAACCCUUCUGUAGGAUACAGUCCACAGUUUUCUAUUACUGGAGCUCAAAGGUGACCUAUUAGGACAGGCAGGGCAACAGUGUGCUAUGUUACUGUAUGUGAAGGUCAGUCCGGUGCAGCCACAGUAGACGACAUCAGAGAGGUGCAAGGAAACCCAGAUUAUCACGCACACAGGCCCUACUUCAGGAGGCACCACAGGCCACCUGGCUCUGAAUGAUUAAAGCCAGAGGAAUGCGUCCUCCUGGGGUGGAAGGGCUUGGGGUGCAGAGGCAGGGCUCUGGAUGGGUCAGUGUGCACGGGAAAGGCACACUCCACUCUGAGUGCUGGGACAUCUCUGCAAUUGCCUAGCCCUGGAAGGGGCAUCACUCCCAGGCCAGUGAUGUGAAAAGAUGUGAAAACGUCAUAAUAUACAGAAAAUAAAAAUAUAUGCAAAACACAGAUAUAUUACCAUCUUGAUGUUUACUUUAGGCAUGCCCAAGUGUCCAUGAACAGAAUUAUAACUGUUCUUUCAGUCUCACCUGCAAAGACCGAGUAUAUCAAAAAACGCACACACAUAUACACACAAAUGCACAGACAAGGAAGUACACACACAGAAAGAAUUAAGGACAAGAAGCUACACAAAAGAAUGCACACAUAAAAGGAAGCAGAUUACAAAAAGCACACACAGGGAUGCACACACACAUGGAAGCACAGACAGAAAAGGACACACAAAGGGAUGCACACACAGGGACACACACACAGGGAUGCACAUACAGGGAUACACACACAGGGACACACACACAGGGACGCACACAAACGGGCACACACACGGAUGCACACAUGGGGACACACACAAACGGUCGCACACACAGGGACGCACACACAGGGAAGCACACACAGGGACUCACAUACACAGGAAAGCACAGACAGAAAAGGACACACACAGGGACACACACAGGGACGCACACACAGGAAUGCACACACAGGGAUGCACACACAGAUGCACACACAGGGACACACACACAGGAAAGCAGAGACAGAAGAGGACACACACAAGGACGCACACACAGGAAUGCACACACAGGAACUCACAGAAACAGGGAAACAGACACAGGGAUGCACACACAGGGAACCCCAAAAGGCAGCACACACACGGACACACACACAGGGGAGCAAACACACAGGGACACACACACAGGAGCACACACACACGGAUGUACACAUGGACAUAGACAUAGGAACACACACAGGGACACACAAACAGGGACACACACACAGGGACACACACACAGGGAAGCAGACACAGAGGGAAGCCCACACACAGGGACGCACACACACAGGGAAGCAGACACAGAGGGAAGCACACACAGAGGAAUGCACAUACACACAGGGAUGCACACACAGCAAAUAACACACAAAAGGAUGCACACACAGGGACACACACACAGGAAGCACACACAGGGACGCACACACACAGGGAAGCAGUUCCACAGUGAAGCAUACACAGGGAAGCACACACACAGGGACACACACAGGGAAGCACACACACAGAGAAGCACACACACAGGGAAGCAGACACACAGGGAAGCAGACACAGAGGGAAGCACACACAGAGGAAUGCACAUACACACAGGGACGCACACACAGCAAAUAACACACAAAAGGACGCACACACAGGGACACCAAUACACAGGGAAGCACACACACAGGGACACACAAAGGGAAGCACACACACAGGAAAGCACACAGGGACGCACACACACAGGGAAGCACACACACAGGGACACACACACACAGGGAAGCCACACAGGGACACACACACACAGGGAAGCACACACAGGGAAGCACACACACAGGGAAGCACACAUGGGAUGCGCACACACAGGGAAGCACACACACACGGACGCACACAGGGAAGCACACACUGGGAUGUGCACAAACUGGGAGGCACACACACGGGGAGGCACACACUGGGAUGCGCACACACAGGGAAGCACACACACAGGGAAGCACACACAGGGAUGCACACACACAGGGAAGCACACACACAGGGAAGCACACACAGGGAGGCACACACACAGGGAUGCACACACACAGGGACACACAAAGGGAAGCACACACACAGGGAAGCACACACACAGGGACACACACACACAGGGAUGCACACACAUGAACCCUACAUCAAAUGACACUGAUUCUGUAAAGUAAGCAUGAGGCUGAGAAUCUGUAAAACUAUUUCCAAUGCUUCAAAUGAUGCGAAUAUGUAACCUCCUUUGAAAACAUAUAUAGAUAACCCUCCAUUUGGAUUUUUAAUGUAUUAUCUUAAUUUCCAUUUUUGUUAAGAGCAGCAAAAAAUAUUUGCGACUAUCAAGAAUGGUUUGCGUCACAAGACUUUAGUAACUAAAAUAUAUGAUCUAUAUUUCCAUUUAUGUGUCUCAGUCUUUAAAUGUAGUGAAAUGGGUUGUAACUGAAGCUCUGAUUUUGCCUCCUUGUCAACUGUGAUUUAACAGUAAGGGGCCUGCUAGCUGUGGGUUAGCAUGGAAAUUAAUUCACCUCGCAGGCACUUUCCAAUGAAAAGAAUUAAAACACAAGUAGUAGGCUGAAUAUUUAGUUCAUUAGGAGCAAUACUGUUUGAAAUUCCUAUUCUUUAGUUUUCGUGAUGACUUGACUUAUUUAAAAUAUGGUUUAAGAAAAAUUGACAAAAAUAUUUGAAUGUUUUCAGUUCACUUAAUUCAUGUUAAUCUUAUAGCAAACAAACCCCUUGAUUCCUGGAGCAAUUAUUUGCUCAUUGCAAAUAUUUGAGUAGAUGUUAGAUUAUAGUUGGCAUUUCAGUUUUUUAAUUUAAUAGACAUUUUUUAGAAGAGUUCAGGUUUACAGCAACAUUGAGAGGAAAGUAGAUUUCCUGUGUACCCCCCUCUGCCACCAGACAUUCAUAGACCCGCCCUUUAGCCACGUCCCCCCACCAGAGUGGUACAGUUUUUACAGUUGAUGAACCUACUUUGACAGGUUAUUUUCACUCAAAGACCAUAGUUUACAUUAGGUUUCGUUGUUGGUGUUGGACUUUCUAUAGGUUUGGAAAAAUGUGUAAAGACUUGUUUCCAACCUUAGAAUAUCAAAUAAAGUACAGGCAUACCUCAUUUUAUGGAACUUCACUUUAUUGUAUUUCUCAGACAUAACGCUGUUUUACGUGUUGAAGGUUUGUGGUGAUACCAUGUUGAGAAAGUCGAAGGUGUCAUUUUCCCUCAGCAUGUGCUCACUUUGUGUCUCUGUUUCAUAUUUUGGUAAUUUUCGCAAUAUUUCAAACAUUUUCAUUGUUAUUGUAUCUGUCACGGUGAUCUGUGAUCAGUGAUCUUCGAUGUUACUACUGUCAUUUUUUGGAAGUGCCACAAACUGCAUGCAUAUAAAAUAACAGAAUUAAUGAAUAAAUAUUGAGUGUGUUUCAAAUU